GGGGGGUUCUGACUAAGUUUAAGCAGUGAGUGAUGUUGAUUUUAAGCAGUGGUUCAAGUAAAACUCAACUGGCAGUUAGCUAGACAUGGACAAACCAUUAAAUAAAAACAAAUGUUAAGUUAGUUAUCAAAAAAGGUAACCUCAGGUCACUUCAUCAGAAAGGAAGAAACUAGUGCUGAUUUGUGCAAGAGGAUGAAAACAGCUGUAACGCUGCAGCUUCCUCUGAAUGGAGGGCUGCAGUGCCGCUGGUUCGGGUCAUGAAAGUAAUAAAUGGUGGAUGUGUUUCUUAUCCGUUUUGUGCUGUUGGUGUAACUACUAUUGCUUCAUCCUUCACACAUAUAGACAUAUUGAAAUUAUAUUAUGAAUCUCAUCUGGCUGGGAAGGGGAAAAAAAAUAAAUAAAUCAUAUAUGGGGAUGCAUCACUCAACUUGCAAAAAAUAGUCUCGCGCCUCCAUGUUUAUAUGCAGCAGAUAUAAGGUGUGCCAAAAAAAAGACACCUGCAUGCUGAGAAGUGAGUAAGGUCAGACGAGUGAGAGGAGAGAACUGGACUUUUUUUUUUUUUUUUUUUUUUAAUGCAAAGAUGCUCUGACGUCACCGUGUUGAAGUAUUUCUCCGUCGCUCAGUCGGUUUGGAGCCGACAGUCCGCUCAAGUUGCCAGAGAGCGCGCGCACCCCUUUGCUCCUCACUCGUGCGUGAUGACCAUGGAGGCGUCCAGGAGUUUUAAAGGAGGACGUCGUUGCCAAACUCAGUGCGCGGCGAGGGACGCCUUUUCAGUUCCCGAACUGAGGAGAUGGGACACGGAGGGAUUGUGUUAAUAUGCUGCGUGAUCAAGUGAUGGAAGUGCUGACCACCAACUGACGGAAGUUUUUUUUUCCUGCUUUGGAGUCGGUGAGCAGUUCACAGCCACUUAAGCGUCUAAAACAAACCAGAAAGGACGGAUCGCAGAAUCAAUUAGAAAACCAUGCACUGUUCAUAUCCAUGGAGAGAUGGCAUGCGUGCUCCUCUUCAGUCGGCUUCUCCCCUUCUCACACAGGCUCACAAGAACAUCCAUUUGCUUACUAUCCCUUCUACUUUCAUAUUUGUGCUACUGUGCACUAUUCCCUGCCGAUACCAUCAUGCACAAAUCAGGUGAUCCGACUCCGAGCUGCCAACGCGUCCUGGCCGAUGGAGCCAAAAGGCGCCUUCAGAAAUCCCUCUCCUGCGUUUUGCCGCUGGACGAGAGGGCGAGCAGUGUUGAGGCAUCUCGGCUGAAAAGCGACCAAAAAUCCUCUUCGACUGUCCACAUCGUCAGGAACGACACGCCCAGCCCCCCGAUCGGUAGUUUAAAGUUUGGGAAUAAAAAGUUACCAAAUGCCAUCAUAGUUGGUGUGAAAAAAGGAGGGACGAGAGCUGUGCUGGAGUUCAUCAGAAUCCAUCCUGAUGUGCGAGCGGCUGGCACCGAGACACACUUCUUCGACAGGAACUAUGAUAGAGGCCUGGAGUGGUACAGAGGUUUAAUGCCAAGGACUCUUGAAAGCCAAAUCACAAUGGAGAAGACACCAAGCUACUUUGUGACAAAAGAAACACCACACCGGAUCUCCACCAUGUCCCGCAAUACCAAACUCAUUGUGGUGGUGAGAGACCCCGUCACUCGGGCAAUAUCAGAUUACACACAGACUUUAUCCAAAACUCCCGACCUGCCGAGCUUCCAGGAGCUGGCCUUUAGAAACCAGUGCCUGGGCAUUGUGGACACGUCCUGGAACGCCAUUCGGAUCGGCCUCUACGCUCUGCACCUCGAAAACUGGCUACGUUACUUCCCUCUGGCUCAGAUCCACUUUGUGAGCGGAGAGCGUCUCAUCACUGACCCAGCAGGAGAGUUGGCUCGGGUGCAAGACUUCCUCGGGUUAAAGCGCAUCGUCACAGACAAACACUUCUAUUUCAACCGCACCAAAGGCUUCCCUUGCCUUAAGAAGCCGGAGAGCAGCGGCUCGCCUCGCUGCCUGGGCAAGUCCAAGGGCAGAACUCAUGUGCAGAUAGACAGAGAUGCUAUUGAGCAAUUGCGAGACUUCUAUAGACCUUACAAUGUCAAGUUUUAUGAAAUGGUGGGCCAUGAUUUUAAGUGGGAGUAAAGGUAUGAGACAUAUUUUUGAAAGAUUUAUGUAUUCUACGAAUCUUCUUUUAAAAUGAUUUGCCUACAGUAAUAUGAAGGCGAAGGGGAACUGAGCAGCCUUCAGACAAUUUGUGUUAAAUGUCAAAAACAGUAUUAUUCUUUCAAGUGACAGUAAUGAACAGAGCAAAAUCUAUUCUAUGACAUUGCUUUUGCACUUGUAAUGAUCAGUUACCAGCCAGCAUCAGUAUCCUGUUUGUUGCUAGAUAUAGCCAUUAUUUCAGCUUCAGGAUCACAUGAUUUCAGUUCCUGUAACCGUAUAUUAUUGCCCACUGGAUUCCCCAUUUCCUGACUGGUUUAUAAAAAUAGAGGAAAUUCCAGGGAAUGGGAUUAGUUCUUCUUAAACCUGCUUCACUAAUCAAGGCAGGGUUUGAAAGCAAGACCUUGGAAAAUGUCAGUGAAGUCUUCAGGGAGAGUAGAAUUAAGCUGCUGCACUGUGGUGGUAAAUCCGAAAUGUAAAGCCAUAGCACAAGUGUGAACCACCUAAUGUUGCUAACUGUUGGUCUCAUCAGUUUCUAUAUAGAGCGAGAGAUUUUUUAUUUUUCAUUUUUUUCCCAGCAUGAAUCAUAUAAAUUCAUCCAUGCUGUAACAUUCAGCACUUCACUUUGUAGUCUGUGCUUUGUUUGCAAAAAAAAAAAAACCAAAAAAAAACAUGUUUAUAUUUUUGUUACAAAAAGUAUUUAAUCACUGCCUUACCCACACUGCUUGUCCAUGUACAUCAUUAAAUGAAACAGAUGCACAAAUA